AUGAACGGUACACGAACGGCUCCGCUCGGUCCGCGCCGUUCGCCACCAUAUGAAGACUCGCUUUUUCAGAUGAUGGGGAAAGGCUUCGCAGAUAAGUCCGCCCGAUCCGCUCAGCCGAAUUCUUCUACCCAAUCCCUGCCGCCCUCCCACGCCGCCACACUGGAUCAAUACUCUAAAAUCCGCUCCGCAUCAUCCAACGUCUUCGACCCGAGUGAAUUUCCAUCACUAGGCGGCGGCCUCGGAGGCCCUGGUCCAAUGUCGCUCAACCCCGCCGCAUUGUUAACCAGUUCAACACCGCUGGAUGUACCAGCACUCACCUCGGUUGGAAUGCCUGGACCAUCAGUCAAUGGCUUGGGUCCCUUUACGGACAUGUACAACAUUGCGGGCUAUGGCGACGUACGAGCAAAGGCAGUUGAUGCAGUGACGGGCACGGCCGGAUCAUCAGAAUUUAGUAUGCAAAGCGAAGACUUUCCUGCAUUGGGUGGAAAACCAGGUCCGGGCGGCAUGCGACCGCCAAGCAUGAUGAGCACCGCACCAAACGGUCCAACUCUACUACCGUCUAUGGCACGAGCGCACCCAGCAGCCCCAGAUGCUAUUCGACAAGGGCACAACGACAUGGCAGAGUUGACCGGAGUAGACAUCAGGACAAAAGGGAUACACGGUCUGAGCGAUGCGGGCAUACCGAACGGUGACGCUGUUCCAGUAGCAACUUUGCAAACAACUAAUGCAGGCUCAAAACCGGAACCAGAAGCUCCGCUCGUUUCGGAUAGUAUUGGAAUCGGUGCAGACGGUACAAAGGCGGCUGCGUCACCAAAAGUCCUCGCUGCCGAUCAAUACGGAAUGAAAGGUUUACUUAAAUUUGUUGGCUCGCGUGCAGAAGGAACAGACAUGAACAUGCUUUCCGUCGGAGUUGACCUAACUCUGUUGGGGCUUGAUUUAACGUCUCCAGGACCGUUGUACAAGUCUUUUUCAAGUCCAUGGGAGGGGGGCCAAGUCGGUACUCGAGGCAGUGACAAGACUGGGGUACCGCAGAGAAACGAAGAACCAGAGUUCAAACUGCCGACCUGCUACUACAUGCAACCACCAGCAUUGAAAAAUAGUCAUUUCGCCAAGUUUCAAUUGGGGACGGUUUUUUAUGUCUUCUACAAUAUGCCCAGAGAUAUCCUUCAAGUUCUUGCGGCGAUUGAACUGUACAAUAGGAAGUGGAUGUAUCACAAAGACCUCAAGCUGUGGUUUACGAACGAGCCAGAUGUAUUGGAAAGCUACGACCGUGCCGCAUACGUCUAUUUCGACAUCAAAUCAUGGGGAGAACGACCGUUCCAUGACGCCAACCAAUCAUUCAUACAAGGAUUGAUGACUGAGGACGAAGUUAGAUCGGUUCCUUUACCAGGGUUGCGGCCAACUGCGUCGUGAAUGUGCCGAAGCGGGGUGCUUGUUGGCCAUUUGCAUUGCAGGCGGGAAGAGAGCUGUUUGUGGGCCAGUUGUGGAUAUUCGAUGAGGCGGGAUUAAAACAGGAACCUCCUUAAAUAUUGUCUAUGGCUCUCUUCGUCAGUUGAGGUCUUUGGAUGGAGAACGCCUGCAAGUGCGUGAUCGGAAACCCCUUUGUAUAUUUGCACGUAGUCGGAUGUGUAGUUUCCCGACUUGAAGGGUUUCAGAGACGCAGAACCAGGGAACGCCCUAGUAGUGAAAUUAGGAAUACUGCUGCAGCGCUCUACGAACGCCUGUCACGUUGGUGCAAGGUAAUAAAGCAGAACCACCCCCUCCCUA